AGGUCUAACCUAACAACCACUGUACUCGUCAUGUCAUAUUACACAUACAUAAUGGCCGAAUAGAACCGAACAAUCCAAAAAGCAGUCUGAGAAUCGUGCCAUGUUCCUAGAUGAGAUGCUUCCUUUGGCCUAGUCCCAGUGCCAGUACCUAGCAAUGCGGUGAAAAAAAUUGAAUACUGAUAGUACCGCUCAAAUUUACUAGGUAAUUUUCUUAGCAACUACUUACUAUAUAAAUUAUAAUGGCAGUAAAUGUGUACUUGUAUUGUUCUGAUUGCAAAGUCAUUUAAGACGUGGCGUUGCGCCCGUAAAACUAGCCAGUUGAAAAGUGAAAUGACUGGGUCUGAGCUGAUGCUUGAAUAAACUUACAAGAGAACCGAUUAUAAUUAUAUCACCAAAUGAGAUGAAACAGAAUGAGAGAGAGGGAGAGAACUAAAGAGAAGGUGUCUAAUCUAAAAAUAAAAUCUAAAAUAAAUUUGGGCGGUAUUUUGUCAAUUUCAUGUCUUAUUUUCUUGUGCCGGCACUUCGCCGGUCGUUGAUGCAUCGACUGUGUGUAAUUUAAUUUUCCAAUUAGAUAUUAUCGAGGACUCUUUGGCCCCACUAUCGCUGGAGACAAAGAGUCGUUAGUUUACCUUAUCACGGUUAUUUUCCUUUGUUAACCGAUUCCAUUUGUUUAGUCCCAUUGCGAUCACAAAAUAGAAUAGUUAAAUAUUACUUUUUAUUACGUUUUCGAUGCGUUUGUUUGUUAUCUCUUAACAUUUGUGUUAACCGCUAAUGUAAGAAAUUAAAUACUAAAUGGGUAGCUACAGUUGCAUUACUUUUAUUUUCAAAGCAAGAAUAUAAAUUAUUGCAGUGUUUUAUUUAGUAGGUAGAUAAGCACCCGAGCAGGCGUCUGGCGGUGAUGGUUCGGAAGCUGCAAUCACAGUCGGCUACGAGGGAUAGUGCGUUAUUUUUAUCGCUGUGUGACUGCGCGCCGACCUCGACCGAACUAUUGUCUCUCCCCUCUGGCUGUGGUUUACUUAAAUGUUUAUUAACUUGCAGUAGAUACAGCGCCUGCUUGCUAAUGUUACACUCUAUUGAAUUUAGAAAUGCGAGCCGCCGUGUACGUCGUCGAUUAAUUAUCACGUAAUUUGCAGAUACGUGAAACUGUGAAACUAACAUUAGAUAUCGGUAGCACUUUACUGCUGUGGUGUAUACAAAUACAGUCUAAAGGCAUCAAGCCAUUUCUGUUUCCUAGGAUUUGCUCUACUUACCGUACACAGCGAAACCUGAAUAGGCGCUGGGUUCUUUAUUGAUUAGAUCAAUGAAGUUCAUGCAUUUUGGAGCUGUUCUGUAAUUGGCAAUUCGAAACAUUCGAAGUGAGCUCGAUCGCGGUCCGUCACGUCAUUGGUUGUAAGAAUUAUGUAUAUUGUAGUUAUUUGUUGUCCCUGAAUAAAUAAAAUUAAAAGUAAUCUCGAUCAAUGACGGUCGAGAAUGUGAUCGAGCGCACUUCGAAUUACAGAAUAGCCUAGCUAGUCCCAACUUUUCUGAAAGUUCAACUCUGAGACCUAAUUUCUUAGAUUUGUUCGAUUUUAUUACGACAUAAUAGGUAGGUAUAAUUUAGCCGUUGUGGUUCAAUACAAAUAUGUGUGUUAUCAACGUUAUGUCAUUAUUCUGAUAGUAGGAACUCUUAUCACAUUUUCGCAUAGGUUUGAACUCGUUUACAUGAAAUUACACGGUAGGUAUAGGUAACUGUAAAUUAAUAUCUAUCUAAGUACUUAAACAUAUUUUAUGCAGAGGAUUAUGUCACGAAUGUACCUACGUAUACCUAAUACUUACUCGUUUUCGAGAUUAUUGAAAAACGAUACGAAAGACAUCUUAUCUUAAAUAUCGCUGUUAUGUUAAACCCGUUGUCAUGGUAACAUUACUACAUACGCUGACUAUUGAUAAGGCAAUUAAGGCUAAACGACAUUGACCGUGCGCCGGCGCAGCUCGGUGCCAAACGCGUGGUGCGCGAGCGCCUGCGUGUUUGUUGUGGCGCGGAAUCGCUUUCCUCGGCCGCGUCUGUGUGCUCGCACAUACAUGAAUGAUAAAUGAAAGCCUUUCUUCACUUGCACUGACUUUCAGUUUUAACGUUCACGCUUUAUUAGUUUGUAGCUAGUGUGCGUAUUUAUUUUGUUAGGGCUACUUAUUACUGAGUGUUAGGUACUUCUCAAAUCUCAAUGUUGUUUGAAAUUACACACCGGUAGCUUCUAUAUUAGUAACAGAAGUCGGGUUAAUGACUCACGAUCAUUCGAUUUAUGUGGUUCUUGUGUCUGGCCUGCCUGGCUUUGGAAUCCCUGAUGCGAGUGUAUAAGCGAUCCAGAUUGUCGAGUGGUCGAGAUCCAAUCGCAUUUCUUUAGGUCCUUGGUCCUUUAUGUCUCUAUGGGUUAUAUUCUCUAAGUCUAAUGGAACAACUUUGAUCCCAAACAAUUGUUCUGGGUAGUUGUGUAAUGAGUAGGUAUGUGAAUUUUUAUGUUUGUGAGCUGCGUUUUUUGUUGCUUUAGUUUUGUAUACCUAGAUAAAAAAAAAAUGACGGAUGUGUUAGGUGUGUUUUUCUGACCAACUACUCAACAUUACAAGUAUGAAGGGAGGGACUUACUUAAAAAAAAACUUAGUCUGAUAGUGAGAGUGAAUUUGAACCGGGCCGCGGUUCAGAUCGGAGUGAAUGUAGCUAGAGUGACAGUGUUGGCGCGGUGGAGAGGUGUCGCGUGGCAGCGGGUGUAGCGCGGUGUCAGCUGCGGGUCAGCGUCACGGUGACGUGUGUGAAAGGCAGGGCCGCGUGGCGCUCGCCAUGUGCGCGCCUCCGCCGGCCGAGCCCGCACCGCUCACUCCGUCGCCAUGGCGCGUCCCAAGCACUCGCCGCGACACUACGCGCAGUCAGAACCUCUGCCGCCCCGAGGACCAGUGGAGUCGCUGAUCUACUGGCGGUCGGCGGCGCACAGCGGGCUGGCGCUGGGCGCGGGGCUGGCGCUGCUGGUGGCGCUGGCCUGCUGCUCCGUGGUGUCGGUGCUGGCGUACGCCUCCCUGCUGGCGCUCUCCGCUGCCGUCGCCUUCCGCAUCUACAAGAACGUGCUACAGGCUGUGCAGAAGACUAACGAUGGCCAUCCAUUCAAAUGGCUGUUGGAGCGCGACAUCAGCGUGCCGGCGGAGCGCGCGCAGUCGCUGGCGGCCGCCGCCACCGCGCACCUCAACGCCGCGCUCGCAGAGCUGCGCAGGUUGUUCCUGGUUGAGGACCUGGUGGACUCGCUCAAGUUCGGCGUCCUGCUGUGGUGCCUGACCUACGUGGGGGCCUGCUUCAAUGGAAUCACGCUCAUCAUACUCGGGUGGAUAGCACUGUUCACUCUGCCGAAGGCGUAUGAGAUGAACAAGGCGCAGGUGGACGCCAACCUGGAGCUCGUACGUGGCAAGAUCAACGAGAUCUCCGCCAAGGUGCGGGCGGCGGUGCCGCUGGGCAGGAAGUCGGAGAGCGAGAAGGACAAGUAGGCGGGAGCGAGACGCAGCACGCUCAGUACUUCACUGUUUGUUAUAUUUAUUAUUAUGUACUAUUAAAGAUAACUACUUUACGUGUAAAGCUUUAUGAGACGAGUCAUGCGGAGAUUAUUGUAUUUGCUUUUUGAAAUUUUAAAUUAAAAUAACUGUCGAACCGA